CGACACCCGCGUAAGUUAGCAGCAGUUAUCUUUAUUUCUGGGUCCUUCGGUUUCCAAUUUCCCGCAUCCAGAAACCCCCGUCGACGAAGAAACGCCUCCCCUUUUACCCUUUCAUAGUUAGGGUUUUCGAUGAAUGCCUUCGUUUGUGACUUCUUGUGAGAGAGAGAAAGAGAGAGACCUGGCUCUGGUUCUCAUGUCUCUUUGUUAAGCUUCGUCGUCUUACUUGCUGCUUACGCGAUCGAUCUGAAGAUCUAACUGACGAAGAUCUCUUGCGAUUUCCUAUCGAUUUUCAUUGAUUGACACCGGCAUUGGAUUCUUGUUGGCACCUGUAAAGAAAUCUCUUGGAGAUAUAACGUAGAGAUGCGGAGCUACAGUAGAGAAGAACUUCAUCAAAUUGAUGAAGAUUUAGAUGAGUAUGAAGAGGAUGGGGAAGGUGAUGAGGCCGAGGCAUGGGAAGAGGAUUAUUACAAAGAAGAAGAUGAUGAAGAAGAAGAAAACGAGAAAGAAGAUCCAAAGCCAACAAAGGAGGAACUUGAAUACCUUGAGUUGAGGCAGCGGAUAAAGGAAUCUGUUAGGAAGAAAAUGAAGAAGGAAUAUGCUGCUGGUUCCAAAGAGUCUCUGGACAAUAAAAAAAAACUUCCAUAUGACAGUUACGGCUCGUUUUUUGGCCCUUCACAGCCUGUUAUUGCGCAAAGAGUAAUCCAAGAAAGCAAGUCGCUGCUAGAAAACCAACAUUUGGCUUCCAGGAUCUCAAAUCAUCUUGUUAACAAAAAAGCUUCCGCUUCAAUAACUGAAGAAAAAAAACCUGCUUUGCAUGCCCAAACACAUCGAGUCAUUAAUGAGUUGAAAGUUAAAGCACAGAAGCUCAAGGAUGCUCGUGAUUAUUCCUUUCUAUUGUCUGACGACGCAGAGCUUCCUGCCCCUCCAAAAGUGCCUCCAUCUCGAAAUGUUUCUGUCCCAAGCUCUGAUGCACGAUCAGCCCAAGCCUCAUUGAAGAGCAACAAGCAGCCAAUUGGCAAGGAUGGAAGCAGGCCAGUUUCUAAUGGUCGUGAAGAAAGAAAACCGAUAUCUAUUAAUCGCCAGAUACAGUCUCAAGCAAGGCCUCACAAGGCUGCUCCUACAAGUAGACCCAAUUUGACCUCUGCAGAUCCUAGAAAACAGCUUGGUAGUAAUACUGGAAAUGGUCCUGGUCGGCCUGUUGGGCCUAAAGGCUUUCCCUCUAAAAUGUCAGCUCCUACAAAGAAUACUGGAACCGGUCCUGGUCGGCCUGUAGUGCCUAAAGGCUUUCCUUCUAAAAUAUCAGCUCCUACUAUGGAAAAGAAGGCGCCUGCAGUAGUUGCAAAAAGUAAUCUGGCUGCUGUUCAAAAACCAGCCUUAUCUAAGGUCAAUCCAUUGGUUCAGAAGAAACAUUUGGAGCAGAAAAGGGAAAUUCGAGAACCUCACAAAGCAAGGGUUAUGGCAAAACAGGCAGUGCCUUCCAAACCUCAGGUUAAGGACCCUAGGCAAGGUCCAAUGCGUGCCACUAAGCCAGAGUACCAACCCAAGAAGCAGCCUGCAAGGAGGCCCUUUGAGGACGAUGACGAACUGGAUUACACUAGCAUGAUCAGACAAAUGUUUAGAUACAAUCCUGAUAAAUACACUGGGCGGGAUGAUGAUGAUAGCGACAUGGAAGCUAAUUUUGACGAUAUCCUAAAGGAGGAGCGGAAAAGUGCAAGAAUUGCAAGAGAAGAGGAUGAAAGAGAAUUUCGCCUUAUAGAAGAGGAAGAAAGGCGAGAGAAGAUGAAAAAGAAGUUGCAGCAGCGAAAGCAAAUAAGCAAGCGAUGACCAUGUAGAAUAUGUUCAUUUUAGGGUUUUUUCUUGUUCAGUAAUUUUAUACUUCAACAAUGUCCAUUGUAUUCGUGAUGAUUAUGCCGAUUUUGAUUAUUUUAGUUGGGUUAAUUGCCCCUGCCUAAUAAUGCAGUUAAUUCCUUUUGUA